UUUACCCGUCAAAUUGCGUAAGCGUUAUGAACCACUUAACUUACAUUUUAUUUCUGCGACGACUGUGAAAUAUCAACCGUUGGGAGGCGUUUUGGAUUUACCUCUGUUAAAUUUAAGGAAUUUUACGAGAGGAACUGUGAUUAUCGGGUUCUAUAAAUGUAUUUGUUGGUUUUAUUCAUUCAGGAUUUAGUUUUAUCGAAACAUUCAAGAGCCAUGGGGACGAUUAGUUUCUCAAAGAAUACAACAUGAUCAUCGAAAAGGAAUAUUUUGGAAACAGCGGCAGGAAUUCUUUAUUUGGGAAAAAAUGGAAAACCUUCACCAAAAAUAAUUCUACAGAUGUAAAUGCUGAAAAAAUAUAAUUUAGUGAACUUCAAAGCGGUUAGAACUCAAUAUUUGAGUGUCGCAGAAAAUUAUGAAGUGAAAGGCCCGGAGAAGGUGGAUUUAAUGAUUUUAAACAAGAAGGAUUUUUUAUCAGAUAAAGCACGAAGAUGUAACUGAUUGACAGAUGUACGGUCUUUUAAAGUGGGCUGUGAACUUAUGGACUGGGUAGAUUUCUAUUGGUUCAAAUUAUCUGAUUCACUCUACUAGUGGCUUGUUAAACAGUUAAAAAGGAUGUAAUCACUGGUGAAAGAGGGGAAAAAAUACAAGGAGCAGGGCAUGUACACACCCAUAACCAAUCAGAUCCCUUCUAUUGGAUUAUUACAGACAGUGACGGCGACUUAAGGAUAUUAAUAUAGAUAUAUUGAACUGCGCCAUCAGUGCUUUAUGAUUAGUGUGGUACUGUUAUAGUAUAUUAUGUGAAGAAUGAAUGAAUAAAUAGGAACAACUAUUGUACGAAUGAGCGAGAAAAGAGAUUGUGGACCACAAGAGAAAAAAACUCAUUAAACCUCGGAAGUUUUCAAAAAUUGAAUCAUGAUUUUAUAUUAACAGCAAAAUGUAUUACAGAGAAAAUCCAGAGAAAUCCAUGAAGGCUUAUAUACAGGUGCGAGAGUUACCACGGUCGUCAGCGUGAAAGUGACGUUACUCGCAAUCAUCAUCGAACGCAGACCAGGGGACAUAGGUAUGCGAUCUACCGCGGUUCUCUCAGCGCUACAAACAGCAGUUUUUGCGUUUCUUAUUCUUACUGGAUCCUCCUUGCAGUGCGCCUCCCCUAGGGGGUCCGGGAGGAGGCACAGAACUGGUAAUAGGACUCCACUAGUGUAUAAACAACAUGUGCCGAACGUCUCGGAAAAUACUCUCGGUGCCAGCGGCUUGGCAGAGGGGCGCAUAACAAGGGACGACCCAAAAUUCAAAAAGCUGGUAACAAAUGACAACCCGGACAUCAUUUUCCGAGAUGAAGAGGGAGACGGUUCUGACCGAAUCAUGACACAGAGAUGUAAAGACAAACUAAAGAUUUUAGCAAUAUCAGUCAUGAACACGUGGCAGGGGAUCAAGCUUCGAGUGACCGAAGCCUGGGAUGAUGAUGGUCAUCAUGCUAAGGACUCUCUGCAUUACGAAGGGCGUGCCGUGGACAUCACAACCAGCGACAAGGACAGAGCCAAAUACGGCACAUUAGCCAAACUAGCGGUGGAAGCAGGAUUCGACUGGGUUUACUUCGAGUCCAGGGGUCACAUUCAUUGCUCUGUUAAAUCAGACUCCUCUGCAGCAAUUAAGAUUGGAGGAUGCUUCCCGCCAUUGGCAACUGUGUAUACGGAACAUAGUGGAACCAAGAGCAUGGAAGAUCUUCAAGUUGGUGACAAAGUUCUAAGCUUAAAAGCCAACGGGAAACUUGGUUAUAGUGAGGUUGUCUCGUUCCUCGAUAAGGACCAAAAGCGUAGUGGACUGUAUUUUACUAUUACCACAAGUGAUCUACGAACCAUAACUCUUACCGACAGACAUCUUAUUUAUACUUCUAUUACGAAUUCAUCCUCUAUCGAAUCUUUUGUUGCAAAUUACGCACAAACAGUUCAAACUGGUCAGUUUGUUUUAAUCAAUGACGGUGAUAGUGAAAUCAGAUCGUCACUAGUGACACACGUGACGUCACAAACUGUGAAUGGUGUUUAUGCACCUCUGACUUAUGACGGGACCAUUGUUGUGAAUGGCGUCGUGACGUCAUGUUACGGUGUAAUUAAUAGUGAACUAAUCGCACAUUUUUCCUGCAGCCCUCUUCGAUGGUUCCAUACUUUAUCAAAAUACAUUCCAUUCAUAUCACGUGAUACGGAACAAGAUGGCGUUCAUUGGUACGCAGAGUUCCUUUACUCAAUGGGAAGGAUCUUACUUAGUCCGGAUUUGCUUUAUAUUGUUUGACUUGUAAUUGUCUAUGUCUUUUUUAUGAAUCUAAGGCUGUGACAUCAGUUUGUUAUAUAACAUAUUUAAAAUACGAAUCUUAUUGAGACUUCUUUUUGAUGAUGUCUGGUAUGGGAAAAUGACUGAAUCUUAUUUUUUCUGAAUGAUGACAGCCGGGGAAUUGUUAUCUGUAUGAGAUGUGUAUCUUUAUACAAAAGACGGUUAUGGUCUGGGAUGUACACAUAAGUUAUAAUUUAUUUUUAUUUAUUUUUCAAUUGAAAAUUCGCAUUGCACCAUGCCUUCUAUUUUAUAUGGAUCGACAACCUUCUGUCUCCUAGUUGCACUAUUGUUGAGUUAAUGAGUUAUGAUAACAUUGAUUACACUAGCGUUAAUUACUGAUGCUUCGAUUAUUUUUUAUGUCAAUGUGUCAUCCCAUCUUGAUGAAGGAAAAACUAUAAACAAUAAUGAUUUUUUAAUGUCAUAACUAUACCCAUAAAUUGCACAAUCACAUUAAAUUAGUCAAGUCUAUCGCUGUUUUCUGUAGCUAUAAAUAACAUUAUCUUUUAGGUGCAAAUAGGACAUUGUUUACUUUUCUCAAUCAUCUUUUCAUGCAUGCUCUAAUAAUAGUUUUCUCUCAAUAUUGCCUUGUUUUAAAGGGCUGUUAAUACGCAAAGCAAUACCUUUAUAUCCUUAGUGUUCAAUUGCUUUGUGACAUUCCAAUUACUAUUACAUAUUCUAUGUACAUACAUGUAUUAGGCAUAUAUUUAAUAGAAUUUAAUUUUUCAAAAAUGAAUGAACAAUUAUUAUUGGUGCAUGCGUCCGUAUGAAAUAUAAUUGAUUACUUCAAAGAAAACCUGAUAUAUUUUGAGCACAAAAUAAAUUCAUGAUGAAAUAAUGAUCGAGACUGAUUACAGAACUUAGAACAAAGCAAUUGUUUAUUUAGAUAGAAAUCCAAAGCUUUUUUAAAACUUAAAUUAUGAUUGAAUUUUGAGUUGAAGGAAGUCUGAAUGAUAGUCAUGGGAUGGUUGAUUAUUACAUUAUAAUAGUUAAGUGAAAUACGGUGGAAGUUGGUGCUAUUGCUUGUGUUGUUCAAUUGUUCAACUGCACGUGUUCUGAUAUGAAUCAGCUGCAUUUUGUUUAUAGUUAUUACAUGUCGUUGUACAAUGAAAAUGUAAUAUUGUUAUGUAAAUUAUUUUUCUGACGUCACAGUGUGAAUGUCAUGUUUUUAGUCUGCAGAAAUGUUAGAAUAAAAAUAUCUUCAGCAAAGACAAACAUU